GCUAACUCAGCGCACAUGGCGUCGAAAGGAGUGAGAAAGGUUGCUAGAGCAGCCAAAAAAUUAGGACCAAAAGUUUUUCACCCACCAUUUUUGAAGACAGACAUACCCGCGGGUCAGGCUGCAGCUGCUCCACCUUUAGGACCCCAACUUGGUCAGGUUGGCAUCCAGAUAGCUCCAUUCUGCAAGGAUUUCAAUGAAAGGACGAAGGAUAUCAGACCUGGCAUACCAUUGCCAACUCGAGUCACGGUUAAUCCUGACCGAUCCUUUGACAUCGUAAUCCACCAGCCACCAGUCUCUUACUUCCUGAAGCAGGCAGCAGGGGCCAGGAUUGGAGCCAGGAAACCUAAUCAUGAAAUAGCUGGGAAAGUAUCUCUGAAGCAUGUUUAUGAAAUUGCGCAGAUCAAAUCUCAGGACCCUACAUUUAAGUUUCUGAGUUUGGAGACAGUAUGUAGGUCAAUAAUUGGUCAGGCCCACAGUCUAGGCAUUGAGGUGGUGAAGAAGCUGGAAGCAGAUGACUACGCACAGUUCCUGGAAGAGCGGAAAUUAGAAGUCGAGGAACAGGACCAGAAGCUGGAGGAGACGAGGCAAAGCAAGAUGCUCAGGUUGUAGCAGACAUCAAAGUUGUGUCAGAUGGUAAUGUCAGUAGCAAAGUAUUGCUUGACCUGUUCAGAUCCACAAGCUGGUUUCUUGGAAUCCUUGGAGAAUUGGGGGAAAUUCAUGACAUGUUUGGGUUCAUCAAAUGUAUCCCUUCAUGACCAAGUAUGUGUCAAGAGACGUAUACAAGAGUACAUUUCAUGUAAAAAUGACUUCUUCAGUGUUUUUUAGAACCUGUUCAGAAGAUAGAACAGAAGUGUGUGUGUUUUCAGAUGCAUUUAGUAUUAGCUGAUCAGAUUUGAUAUAUUAGGAUGUCAUAUAGUGUGCAUCAGAGGAUCAUGUUUGUGUCAUCUAAUGUUUCAGCACUACACCGUGAAUGACUGAUUUGGAUUUGUGUGAUAAUAUUACAAAGAUUCAGCUCCAGUGUUAAGGCUUGUUCUCUGAAACCGUUACAUUUAGCUAUCAUUUCAAUCACAAAGAAAUGUUUCCUGAUAAUAUGCUGUCAUUCAUCUAAACUAUCUUCAGUAUUUACCCUUACUAAUUUUGUUGCUUAAAUAGUUAAAACUCCAAGCAAGAGUUAAAAUUGUAAGAAGAUAUAUUUUCUUGAAUCAGUAAUAAAGAUAUGCUAAUUUGAAAGACUUGUAAACAUGUGGUAUGAAUAAUGCAUGGUGUUUGUGAUUAUUACUCAAGUUUGAAAGAAUAGUAUAUGAGACAAUAAAUAUGAAAUACUAUCUACAAA